AAAAAUAUGAGACUGAAAAAUGUUGCUGAUAUCCUGUGUACAGAGAGGUAUGAUCCAGUGCAGGAGAUAUGUGCCCUCCUUCUGACCCUCUCCAAUAUCUGUCAGGAAGCCUUGUGAGGAUUGCAUCAUUUUUUACUGGUUCCAUUUGAAUCCUACCCUCUGAAGUGGCUGAGAUUGUUGUGAGAAAAGCCUGUGGUUGCAGGCGAAAGCGUGCCACUCCAAGGGCAGCUGGGUUGGGGAGAGAGGUUGUCCGCCUGCUGCAAACUGACGUUUCACUUGCAAAGGCCAGAUGAAGGCGUCCGUGCAGCUUUGGGGCGAUGGCUUUCUGUGCUUACUGGAAGGAAGUCAUUAAACGUUGUCAUUAGAUUUAUGACUAAUGAUAGCGAGAAGCUUUUCCCCUGGAGCUUUGGUAGCAGACAGACCGUGGCUUGGUCACAAGAGCCUUUCAGAAGCAAAUCUAGGUUAGCAAUGGCUUUUCGUGGCUCUCCCGCCCUCUUGCAGUUCAUUGUCUUCCUCUUAGCCUUACUCAACAUUGCGUUUCCUUGGUGGCAGUGAUGACACCCGUUGUUUCUUCACUCCCAAUGACUACGCAGGUGCCUCUUGCGGGGUCCUUCUGGUUUGUGGAAGUUGGCAGCGUGGCAAAGAGCCUCAAGCUUCAGACUGGCAGAGGGUUCGUUCGCAAGCACCCAAGACUCGCCUAUUGAUGAACUCCCUCCAUCAACUUGGAUUCAGUGGAGAAUAUCCUUCCUCUAGACUCUGGAUAAGAAAAACAGAGCUUCAUUAAAAGAAUAACGUGAUUGCUGCAGCCAUGUCCCGAAAGGGUGAAAGUAACAACUUCUCAUCGCUUGCCGUCACGAAGGAAGAUUGCCACGUGGAUUCCGAGUUCAGAUAUACCCUGUUCACUGUCUACUAUAGCAUCAUUUUCAUUCUGGGCUUCAUAGCCAACAGCUACGUCCUGUGGCUUUUCACACGGGUUUAUGCCACGAAGAAACUAAAUGAAAUAAAGAUAUUCAUGGUCAGCCUGACGACAGCCGACCUGCUCUUCCUGAUCACGUUGCCAAUGUGGAUCGUGUAUUACCACUACAGAGGAGACUGGAUCAUGCCCAGCUUUUUAUGUAACUUGGCUGGUUACUUAUUCUUUGUGAACACCUACUGCUCAGUUGCUUUCCUAGGAGUCAUAACGUACAAUCGGUACCAAGCAGUCACAAAGCCCAUUUCGGCAGCUCAGUCUACCACGCGAAGAAGGGGCAUCUAUGUCACAAUAGCUAUCUGGGUCCUGAUCGCGGGCCCUUCUUCAUACUUCCUGUUUGGCAGCGGCACUACCCAAGAGGGGCAUGUGACACGCUGUUUUGAGCGCUAUGACCCAGAAAGCAGUAACAUCCCUGUCCUUGCCUCCCACAUCGUCAUUUGCAUUUGUUUCUUUAUCACCUUCCUGAUUGUCGUGGUAUGCAAUGCCUCCAUUAUCCGGACACUGCUCUCCCAAAAACCUCAAGCUCGGAAGAGCGCCCACAUCAGGCAAAGGGCGCUCUAUUUGGUGUGCACUGUCAUGAUUGUGUUUGUGGUCUGUUUCGUGCCUCACCACAUUGUGGACCUUCCCUGGACCUUGAUGGUUCUGGGCAAAUGGGAUAUAAGCUGUAGGAGCAAAAGGUGGUGGGAUCACAUCCACCAGGUCACCCUGUUCCUCCUGGGGGCCAACUGCGUUCUGGAUCCUGUCAUUUACUGCUUCCUCACCAAAAAGUUCAGGAAACUUUCUGAGAACUUGAAAAACAUAAAGGACAGUCGAAAGUGUUCCAGGCAAACAACAGAGACCACCGUGGAAGGGAUGGUGGCGAUGGAAGAGGGUUUCCAUGCCUCCAUCAAACCUUAAAAUUCUUCUUUUUUGCUUAUGCAGCAGCAAAUUCAGGCUGGUGACUGACACAGACUCUGCAUUUCAUCAAGAGCCUGGCAGAUGCACACAGCUUUCCAGCUCUUCCCUAGAUGCAAUGGCAGGAACUGAAAUGCACUUAGGAGGGCUAGAACACUGUGACUCAGGAAGAACGCGGACUAUCUAAGUUGUCCUUUGUUGUAACAAAAGGGAAAUGCUUGGAAUCACUUAUGAUGUCUUUUAAAAAGAUGGGCAUUACAUUCGUUUUCUGGUUCGGAUACGGAUUGUAGUGACAUUUAGUUCCAUAAUUUCAUCCUGAAGCUAGCUCAGAACUCUCCGGAGAGGGUUGGGCAUCAGGGAUGGGCAUCCUUGAGCACCUGCUGAGAUUUGUCUCUCAUCUCAAAGCCCACUGCCAGCCCCUUAGAGCCUCCUGGCUCUUUACUUAUUCCCCCAGAGUGAUUGAGCUAUCUCAGCUGUGAUAGAAACAAGGAAAAGGAACAACAGUGUUGGCUCAGCUCAGCUUCCUCCUUUGAGUAGCCAUUCAGAUUGGGCCUACAGCAGUGAAAAGCUGGACAAUAAGGGCAAAUGGGGCACAGCCCCACAAGUCUGAGCCUACUCCCACCUGCCUGCUUUCUUUUUUACACUUGGCCAGGGGAUGGCUCUGGCUCCUACUGCUGGUUUCCCUGACUUUCACCCAGUGGGCACCAGCCACCCUGACCCAGAGAAAGAGGAUAAUUGACUGGCAACGGUGACAGUGGCAUGGAGAAGGUGGGCCUGUCAGGGAGGAGGCUCCACUGAAGGCAUCUAACCUAAAAUAUGCACACUUCCCCCAAUCACUCUUGAAUUAAUACUAUUUGGGCUUCAAAAGCAACAGGGACUAUUGUAACACUCAGUGGCCAUAGAACAGGGGUGGGGAACCAAUAGCACUCCAGACUUUGAUAGAUUACAUCUUCCAUCGUCCCAUAGCUGCCAACGUUUCCUUUUUUUAAGGGAAAUCCCCUUAUCCCGAAUAGGAUUCCUCGCAAGGGAAAAGUUGACAACUAUGUAUCGUCCCUGAUCACUAGUCAUGCUGACUGGUAGCUGAGCCCAGCAACAACUGGAGGGCCACGUUCUCCAUCUCUACCAUAGGCUGUCAUCCAGAAAUCAUCAUAAUCUGAGAGCAGAGAUCUUGCAUAAAUUUACCUGCAGGUCUCAGGUGUGCAUUCAAUGUACACAUGGUAGAAAUUUCAGGAACUGAGGGGAGGAAAGGAAUGGGUUGAGGAAUGGACCAUAGCUCACGGGUUGAGAACAUGCUUUUGCUAUAAUCAGGUCGUUGACUGAUUAAUGUUCUCUGGCCUUCUAAAUGUUUUUGUGGGGAGGGGGGUGUUAUUGGUUUGUUUUUGUUUUAUUGUGUUAUUUUGUGUUCUCAUUUUGU